ACACAACAGGUUCCUUCACUCCUUCGAUCCUUCUCUCCCAACACCUUCGUCACUAGAUACUUGUGUGUGUGUUUGAGUGUGAGUGUAUGUGCGUGAAGGGAUUUGCCAACACGCACGCGGACACGCACACGCACUGCCAUGAUGGAAGAAAACUCCAUGCCCUUCUGCGCCGCCGGCAAGCACGCCUUCCCGCCCCGCGCCCACGCCACCAUGCAACGCCCACAAGCAGGCCGACGCUAUCGCCGCCUACGCCUUCCUUUCCCAGGGCUACGUGCUGCCCCUCCUCGGCCACGCCUCCUCCGCCCUUAUUCCCCUGCUGGUCUUUGCCGUGGCUGUCUUAUGGAUGGCGCUCGUUCUUCGCCGUGCCCCCAAAAAGCAGCAGCAGCAGGCGCAAGAGGAGGGGGCGUGGGUGCGGCCGCUGAGGAACGUCCCCGAGGUGGUGAGCGCCGUGGGUCUGCUAUUCGGCACGUUCAACAUCACCAAUGUGCUGUGGCUCACCUCGCCUCACCCCCAUCACGCACCACCACGUCCGCCUUGCCCUCACGCAGGUGGCGCAAAAGGUGGAGUUGAUGCAGCUGGCCGUGGUGUGGCGCCGCCUGUGGCCGUGGUUCCGCCGCAUGGCUCACCUCGAGGUGGACCCUCGAAGUGGAGGGACGACGACCCGCUGGAGGUAUGCAGCAGGGAGCUGCACGCCCCCUACAACUGGUCCAGAGGACCACUGUGGCGUGCUCGCCUGGUCCCCCUGGAGCCCAGCGGUCCCGGGCAGUACCGUGCAGCGCUAGUGUUCUCUGUACACCACGUCAUCUCGGACGGCACCACCAACUUGCUCAUCGAGAAGGACCUGCUGCAGGCCCUCAACGCCGCCGCCACGGGCUGCAGCCCCAACCUGCCCUCCCGCUACCUGGCACCCGCCCUCGGCAGCCGCACCGCCGCUGCCUCUCGCUAUUGGCUCCCCUCUCUGGGCUUCGUACUCGCUGCCAUCCGUGCCGCCUUCACCACUGCCUUCAGCGCGCGCUCUGCUCUGAAGCACCUGCCCGCGGCCAGGCCCAGUAAAGCCCCUCACCAAGAUCCUAAUGCACGAGUUCUCCGCCGAGGAGACGCGGCAGCUGCUGGCACACUUCCGCGCCGCGGGGCUCAGGGUGCACUCCUGCGUCACGGCUGUGGCGGGCCUGGCGCUGCACCGCACCGCACAGCAGUUCACCAGCCUCCGCCUGGGCCCCAUGCAGGUCAUCCAGGAGCAGGCUGUCAACAUGCGGCGCUACCACCCACAGCACAGCGAGGGUCUGGGUUCCAUGGCCUUCCUCACCACACAGCAGCACAGCGUGCGUGACGGCAGCGACACCUUCUGGCCUCUGGCACACGAGAUCCAGGACAAGCUGGACCGCAGCCUAGAGGUGACCCGCGCGCCGCUGCGCACUGGCUCGCUGGGCUGGCUGUGCUCCGCCAUCAUCCCCAUGAACCUCGUCCUGGCCAGGCUGGGCUGCACCAGCUUCUCCUAUAGCCACAUCUGCACCUCUAACAUGGGCGACCUGCGGCGCAUCUUUGGGGAGAACGCAGGCGGCGGCGGCGGGCGACCCGUGCAGCUAAGCGGCUUGUUGCGCACCGCGGCGUGCGAGCUUGUGGGCAACCUGUGUUCCAUCAACUUCCAGACGCUAGAAGGCCGCCUCACGCUGUCGCUCGACUACUACACCAACAAGAUGACUGACGAGGCGGGCCAGACCUACUUCACGCAGCUCAUCCACGUCCUCACCGAGCUGGCGGCCCGGGGUGUGCCUCCGCCCUCCACCGCGCACCGGGCAGGCGACGGCAAUGACUGAACGACGCCCACACGCCACUGGGUAAAGUUUUGCUGGCGGCACCGCCCGCCGCCCAGCCCCGCCGCCCACCGCCCCGCACCCUAAGCCCACCCAGUGGCGCGGCGGUCCAGCACAACACACCCAUGAGGCGCCGCCGCCACCACCCCCCGCCACGCCACCGCCCACGAGCCCAUUGUACCUGAUGAUGAUGAUGAUGCUGGUGACGAUGAUGGUUUUGGUGAUGACUAAUAGUAGUAGUAGUAGUACGACUAGUAGUAGUAGUAGUAGUAGUAGUAGUAGUAUAUUGUCAGUAAUAAUACGGACACAUAUAAAGGCGAUAAUCUAAAACAACGAUGAGCACUGACUAAACAUUAAACGACACAAACAAAGUCAAGGAGACACACACAAAUGACAAAACGUAACAACAAUAUAGAUUUGAGCAAGUGAUUCUUCUCGCUAUAGAAAACAAAGCCAAUUAUAAUUGUUGAUAUCACUGAAAAGCUUCGUUUUCUCUCACAGGAAUGAGAAGAAAACGUUAUCAAACUUUUCAAUACAGACUCGAGUAUUUUGUAGUGGUAGGGAAUGAUCUCGUGACGGUCGUUAUGUUUAUACACAAACUAGUGACUACUGCUAGCCUGCUCACUUGUAGACACUGGCUAUUCCUUUAUGAGUAAAAUAUAAUUCUAUAUCAUUUCGAA